AUGUGUUGCAGGGAAACCGAAACUCAAACCAAUGCAGAAACUGAACCUAUCAUCAAUGAAGAAACCAAUGCCAAUGUAAACAAAGAACAAGAGGAAGUGAAUCAGAAGAAUGACAAAAGAAGGAAACAUAUUGCAAAAAGGAAACAAGGGAAUGAAAUUGUUGUUAGAGAUGUCAAGAAGCACAAGUCUGCAGUUGUUGUGCACUCGGGAUCAAAAGACUGUGUAGAAGUGGAUAACAAAUCAAAACCGGUGGAGAAGAAAAAGGCUAGACUUUUGGUCCAAAGAAUACCACCAAAUUGGUUCAUGGCACUUAUUCCUAAAAUUCCGAGACAACACAGAGCUGCCAUUAGGAAAAUAGGCUUUGGUGCCUUCCUUGAUUUAGAUAUUGGUGCCCAUAAGUCUGCGUUUUCUGCUGAACUUGUAACAAGCUUAGACGCCAACAGAGUUAAUUUGGUGAUGGAUAAUAAAGAAGAAAUAGAUAUUCAGUUGAAAGACAUACACCUUGUGUACGGGCUUCCAAUAGGAGGAAGGAAAAUAGUGGAACCGAAGAAGGAAGAAGAUGAAGAAUGGGUUUCAUUUCUGAGAACAUGGAGGGGAUUCUUUAACAUGGAAAGUGGAAGUCCAUACCUGUCAAAAGUAUUAGAUAGGUUGAAUGAGUUAUGUGAAAAAGACUUGUGUGAUGAAUUUUUAUGGCAUUUCGUGGUGUGUGUAGUGAAUACUUGUAUAUGCUCAACAUCAAGACCGGAAGUGGCAUACAAGUUUCUGUAUAGCUGCAUGGACAUACAGAAAAUUCAUGAAUUAGACUGGUGCCAUUACACUUUUGUAAAUAUGAAGAUAACUGCUGAAAAAUGGAAAGGAGGAAAUGCUUAUUUCACUGGACCAUUGCCUUUCUUACUGAUUACAUAUUUUGACCGGUUGCAAAGGGAGAAGAUUGUGCAACCAAGAGAGUUCCCUCUCCUUUCAGUCUGGAACAGUGAGAGGAUAGAAGAAAGAAUGAAGAUUGAAAACAAGAGGGGCUUUGGAAAGGGGGUUGUGCUCAAAAGAAUAGCUUAUGAAGGAUUACUAGAAGAACAAGUUGAAGAACACAUAUACCAGAAAGAUCCUCACUUGCAAGCAGGCUCAUCAACUUCAUCCUACAACAUUAUGGGCUUUCUGGACAAAUUUGGGGAUUUGGCUAAGGCACUGGCUUCAAAUAUCAACGAGAUGUAUGUUAUGGUAGAUAAAGCAUCUGACCUUUUCAAAGAAGGCGAUACAGCAGAGGAACUGAAAAGGCUGGUCGAUAAUAUUUGGAGCAAGUACACAAAUAAGCCAACUGAGCCAAUUCUGCCCGAAGCACAAGAAAAAGUCAAGAGUCCUUCAGUUCUUAGCCAGGACAAACAAAUGUUUGAUGAACCUGGAUUCAUUGAGGAAUUGGACGUGGUAAUGGCUAAGGCAUGGGAAGAUUACCAAGAGAGAAUAGGUAUGAGUAAGAAAUUUGUCAAGCCACGUCCAACAAAAAAGAAAAAGAAGGCAAGAGAUGAAUCUGAUAUAUUAGGCUUCAAAUUGUUGACCCAAAGCCAAACCGAUGAAGAAGAAGAGCAACCCCUCCCAUUUGCUACAACAACGACACACAUCUUUGUUCCAGAAUCAGAAUCACCAGUGAUCCUUAGUGAUAUUCCAUCUUCAUCUGCAUUAAAGCCAACAGAAGUGAUUUCUCUCGACAGUGCUGAAUCGUUUGAAAAUAUGGAUUUGGAUUUGGACUAGGAUCUGGCACUUGGAGUUCAAAAAUCCUUGGAAAAUGCAGCAAACAAUGUCAAAAGCCAAGAACAAACAGACACAGAAAAUGCAACAAACAAGCCAAGUUCGGGUAAAGAUGAUGACCCUAAGGAAAGAGCGUCUGAUGUUGUUCCAACAGAGGCUACUUUGGGUAACAAUGAUCAGCAAAUGGAACAGAAACUACUAAAACACCAACUGGUUUAGAUAUUGAUGGAAAGCAAGCUGGUUCGCCAAAAUAUGAGGAGCCAAAACAGAAAAUAGAUGAGCAGGAGGGGUAAUUACACAUAAUUUAUUGUAAUUCCUAUUUUGGAAAAACCGUGAAACAAUGAAAUAAUUGUAUUUUGGU